UGGUGGGGAGCGGAUCGCUUCUGCUGCUGCACUGGCGGGCGGGGCGGAGGCAAUAACAGGGAACUCUCCAACGAGAACCGGUGGACGAAAUUGUAUAACUUCGCACAAUUCCGGAGUUUGAUUUAAGCGCUCGUGAACGGACAAGACUUUAUUCAUUCUGUACGUCUGAAGAUCUAAUUUCCUCCCGUUGGCAGCACCCAGGCCUGAGGAUUUCAGUGCUCAUUGGAUCUAACGUUAGAGUUUCGACCAACACACAGAUCUUCCCGUUAAAUGACGGAUAAAUGCUCGGAAGUUCAUUAUAUAACGCUUAUUUCACCUGUUCGGGAUCCGAACCGUCGAACUGGCUUCGGUUAUUAAGAAUUCAGGUCUUAAGCCAGAGUUAAAGGGAUGGUUUAGCUCAGUUAGCUUGCCGGCUAAUAACUCACUCAUUCACAGUGGAUCAAUAUUAGCCAGUAGCAGUUAGCAUUUAGGGUUAAUUUAAAAGAGCAAAUCUGUGUUCCGAUCGAUAUGUUGAAUUGAUAUGUUGUCUAACCCGUGUAUUAUAACCGGCUGUAUUGCUUUCUCGGAUGCUUAAGCCUUAGAUCCUCUUUGGCACUGCGUGAAUGCAUGGAGUCACAUUAUAUAGACCGGCACAGAUAGUAAAGUCUCUUGAUCCCAGAGCACUGGCACUAAACUCUGUUUCAGUGUGUUCAUAUCAUCCCUUUAAACACCUUCAUACAGUUCUCAUUCAUUAGAUCCAUUGAUUCACAUCUGAUGACAGAAGCAGUCCAGGCUUGAGUAGUACCGGUGUCUGUCAUAGGGUUGCACACCUGAGCAGGUGUUUGAGAGUGUCAUCAUGGGGAAUACAGUAUCCUGCUGCGUGUCCCCCAGUGGGAGCCCAAAACUUCCACGACAGCUGGAAUGUCUGGACGACUAUCAGAUCAGUACGGACCUGAGCGAUGAUACUGGUCCAUAUCUACAGCACAUCAGUGAUCGAGAGGUGCCCGACGAUAUGGGUUUGGGGUCGAACCCCUCAGAUCACGCCCGCGCCAGCACGAUCUUCCUUAGCAAGUCACAGACAGACGUUCGGGACAGGAGGAAAAGCAAUCACAUAAAUCACGUUUCUCCUGGUUUGCUCUCGAAGAAGUACAGCUCCUGCUCAACGAUAUUCAUUGAUGAUAGCACCGUUAGUCAACCCAACCUUAAGAGCACAAUCAAAUGUGUUACAUUAGCAAUAUAUUAUCACAUUAAAAACAGGGACUCCGAUAGGUCAUUGGACAUCUUUGAUGAAAAAUUGCACCCCUUGUCUAGGGAGCAGGUACCUGACGAUUACUGCCGAACAGACCCAGAACACAAACUCAUCUAUCGGUUUGUCCGGACGCUGUUCAGCGCGGCGCAGCUCACGGCUGAGUGUGCAAUCGUUACUCUGGUGUAUUUGGAGAGGCUGUUGACAUACGCAGAGCUGGACAUUUGCCCGUCUAACUGGAAGAGGAUCGUGCUGGGGGCUAUCCUGCUGGCCUCGAAAGUCUGGGAUGAUCAGGCGGUGUGGAAUGUAGACUACUGUCAGAUCCUCAAAGACAUCACUGUUGAGGACAUGAACGAGAUGGAGAGACAUUUUCUGGAGCUGCUGCAGUUUAACAUUAACGUACCGGCUAGUGUCUACGCCAAGUAUUACUUCGAUCUGCGAUCCCUCGCAGACGACAACAACCUGAGCUUCCCUCUGGAGGCUCUGAGCAAUGAACGGGCACAGAAACUAGAGGCAAUCUCAAGACUAUGUGAAGAUAAAUACAAGGACCUGAGUAGGGCAGCCAUGAGGAGAUCGCUCAGCGCAGAUAACCUAAUCGGCAUCCGCAGAUCCAAUGCUGUUCUUUCAUAGAGCGUUUCUUCAGACCGCUUUCUGCUUUGAGACAGAGCUCGAUGGAUGAAACCUGUUGUCUCUCCCCGCCUUUGGCUGCAACAGUACGGCAGCCAACAGAUCCUACAAACACUUGACUCAACUGAUGCAGAACAACAUAGACAAGAACAGACUGAAUGUUUUUUGUUUGUUUUUUGCUUACUAUGUAGGCUACUAGCUGUGAACUUUGUCAGUUUUUAACGGAAAUCAUUUGCAGAUGGAGUAUUUUAAAUAAACACUAAUCACGUAAUGAGUCUGAAUUCA